AUGGAAAGAGAUGCUGCAUUUACACAAAAAAAGGCAGAGAGGGCAUGCCUCAGAGUUCAUCUCAGAGAAAAGUACAGACUCCCGAAGAGUGAAAUGGACGAGAACCAAAUCCAGAUGGCUGGAGACGAUGUAGACUUGCCCGAAGAUCUCCGGAAAAUGGUAGAUGAAGAUCAAGAAGAGGAAGAAGACAAGGAUUCUAUUCUUGGGCAUUUACAGAAUCUCCAGAACAUGGACUUGGAUACCAUAAAAGAAAAAGCCCAGGCCACCUUCACGGAAAUGAAGCAGACGGCAGAGCAGAAAUGUUCUGUGAUGUGAGGGGCCAGGUGGGCUGG